AUGGGUCUAUUCGGAAAGAAAAACAGCAGCAAGAUCCCUCCGGUCGAGUCGGCACCGCCUCCGCAGUCCAAUGUGCCUGGCAGGUACGGUCCCUCCGCCGGUCCUUCGAUGCAGGGUGGCGGAGCUGGCUUUGCUCGCGGCAACUCGGGACAUGGUGCUACUGGCGGUGGCUACGAUGCUGGCUAUGGAGGAGCAGGCGGUGCUGGUGGCUACGAACAGCAACAAUAUAGUGGCGGAUCCGGAGGACCUGCACCUUACCAAGACCGUUUCGCCAAUGCGCGGGCGCCUGGUUCUGGCUUCGGUUCCGGCUACGAUCAGUACGCUGGCGCAGGUGGAAGCAAGUCGGGCAACAUUUCGCGCAACGUCCAGAACCAGAGAGGCGGCGGCGUUGCCGAGGACGACCUCGAGGCGGAAUAUGGACGAGGAGCCGGUGCGCCGCCCACGGGCUCGGCCUCGUACGGAUACGACGGCGUUGAGCAGCAAGAGGAGCAACGGGACGAAGAGGAUGACGAAGUGGAGGCUGUAAAACAGCAGAUGCGCUUCACCAAGCAGGAGUCGCUGUCUUCCACGCGCAAUGCGCUCCGAAUCGCGCGUGAAGCCGAAGAGACGGCGACCAAUACCAUGUUCAAACUAUCGGACCAGUCGGAAAAGAUUGGCAACACCGAGCGCUCGCUCGACCUCGCCAAGGCGCAUGCCUCGCGAGCUGAAGACAACGCCAAGGAGAUCGUGGCGCUCAACCGGUCCAUCUUCCGACCCAACGUGCAGUUCAACAAGAAAGCCAAACGUGACGCUGAAGAGGCGCGCAUCAUCGCUCGUCACAUUGACGAACGCGAGGAGCGCGAAGCUGUGCGUCGCGACGUGACUGCCGCGCAGUCGAGACUUGAUGCUAGCAUGAACGGUCCAGGAACGGGUAAGGCCAGCUUCGGCCGGUUCGGGCAGGACCGUUUCGGGACAGGCAAGAAGGCGGAAGAAGCUGCGCAGCGCAACAAAGUCGCUCAACGUGGCCGAUACCAGUUCGAAGCUACCGAGUCGGACGACGAACUGGAAGACGAGCUGGACCAGAACCUGGAUGAGAUCGGCAUGCUCAGUUCGCGGCUCAACCAACUCGGCAAGGCGAUGGGCCAGGAGGUGGAUACCCAAAAUUCAAGGUUGCAGAGGAUCGGCGACAAAGCGACAACGUUGGAUACAAAGAUUUUCGCGGGUACACAGCGAUUGGGCAACAUCAAGUAG